AAACGUCGCUCUAGCCAUUCCAUUACUGGACUUCAGUUCCAUCAGAGUUCCCGAGAUCAGCAACACGCGUCCACAGCCGAUCGCGAAUAUACAAAAUCCUCGCGGCGAGGACGAUCCAGCGUUGAUAAGAAAUAUGUUCCUGGCUAAUCCAGAUCAGCUGGCGUUGUUGAAGCAGAAUAAUCCCAGAUUAGCCGACGCUUUGCUGUCGGGAAAUCUCGAUAGAUUUUCGACUGUACUCAGUGAGCAGAUAGCCGCUCGAGAAGAACGGCAAGCACAACGGCUGAGAAUGAUGAACGCGGAUCCGUUUGACACAGAAGCGCAACGGCUGAUCGCUGAAGAGAUUAGGCAAAAGAAUAUCGAGGCAAAUAUGGAGGCGGCAAUGGAGUACAAUCCGGAGACCUUCGGCACCGUCGUUAUGUUGUAUAUUAAUUGUAAAGUCAACGGAUUUCCAGUUAAAGCAUUUAUUGAUUCAGGUGCUCAAACUACUAUUAUGUCCGCCGCCUGUGCCGAGAGAUGUCACAUUAUGCGUCUGGUGGACACGAGAUGGGCCGGGGUCGCCAAGGGCGUCGGAGUUCAACGCAUAAUCGGUCGUAUACACAUGGUACAAAUACAAAUUGGCAAUGAUCAUCUUACGACGUCGUUCAGCGUCCUCGAGGAACAACCUAUGGACAUGUUGCUGGGUUUGGAUAUGCUCAAGAGACAUCAAUGUUGCAUAGAUCUGAAGAAAAAUGUCUUGAAGAUUGGCACUACGGGCACUGAAACUCCAUUUUUGGCAGAAGGUGAUUUACCUGAAUUAUAUAUAUUUCGCGGUACACUUUGUAAUAUUACCGAUUUGCCGAUGAACGGAGUUUGGCUGCUCGUGGUCGGGGAUCUUCAACGAGCUCUCGAGGACAGUUCGAGAGACGCGAAGAAGCAGAGGCAGCAGCAUGACGGGCAAGGUAGUAGUAAUCAAGGCUCGUUAAAUAGACCGGCCGCAUUAGAAACGACAGUCUAUCCACACGAUCCAUUCACGGAAGCCACUGUCAAGGAACUAGAGGCUCUGGGUUUUACCAGGGCGCAAGUUAUUGCUGAAUUGCGUAGAUUUAGCGGUGACAAAACGCAGGCUACAGCCGCAUUAUUCGCAAAAUCUUUGAAAUUCUGAAUAUCGAAAAUUAUCGCACGCGAUUCGAAUAUGCAAAUCGUUAGUUAGAGACAGGCAUAGCAAAAUUGUGAAUAUAUUACACGCAAUAAAAAUGGAGGGGACCUACAAUGUUCAAAGCAAUUUCAAGUAUCGUCUAGCGAUCUAGCGUCAACAGAGAGUAUCCGUUUGAUAUACAGUUGAUUAUAAUGGUACCGAAGAAUUUUUAUAGCUCGAUAACGAGCUGAAAAAUAUUGCAAGCAAAAAUGUGCUCGUCGAAUCUAAAAUCGUGUGAGACAAAACUAAACUAAAAUUAAAAAAA